CACGUCUACAACGAGCAGUGCAAUUUUUCUAACAUUUCUUUGAUAUCAACGCUGCUAAUUUCUAUAAAAAUGCGCGAGUGCGUGUCCCUACACAUCGGGCAGGCGGGCGUCCAGAUCGGUAACGCCUGUUGGGAGCUGUACUGUCUGGAACACGGGAUACAGCCCGACGGUUUGAUGCCGAGUGACAAGACCGUCGGGUACGAGGACGCCUCCUUCAACGCCUUCUUUACCGAGACAGGAGGGGGCAAGCACGUUCCUAGAGCCAUUUUUGUCGACCUAGAACCCAGCGUGAUCGAUGAAGUCAGAACCGGGACGUACAGUUCUCUGUUCCACCCAGAACAGAUGAUUUCUGGCAAGGAAGACGCUGCCAACAACUACGCACGGGGACAUUACACCAUCGGGAGGGAAAUCAUUGACCAGACGUUAAGUCGAAUCCGCAAACUGACUGAGAGCUGCUCGGGUCUGCAGGGUUUCCUGGUUCACCACAGCUUCGGCGGCGGGACGGGGUCAGGGUUCACCGCCCUCCUGAUGGAGAGACUGUCUGUAGACUACGGCAAGAAGUCCAAACUACAGUUUUCCAUUUACCCGGCUCCACAAGUGUCUACGGCAGUGGUUGAGCCCUACAACUCUAUUCUGUCUACCCACACCACCCUGGAGCACUCCGACUGCUCCUUCAUGGUCGACAACGAAGCGCUGUACGACAUCUGCCGCCGCGGGCUCGACGUGGACCGCCCCACCUACACCAACCUCAACCGCAUGAUCGGGCAGGUCAUCUCGUCCAUCACCGCCUCCUUGCGGUUUGACGGCUCCCUGAACGUGGACCUGACGGAGUUCCAGACGAACCUGGUGCCGUACCCGCGCAUCCACUUCCCCCUGUCCACCUACGCACCCAUCAUCUCGGCCGAGAAGGCCUACCACGAGAAUCUGUCGGUUGGUGAGAUCACCGCCAGCUGCUUCGAACCGGGGAACCAGAUGGUCAAGUGCGACCCUCGGAAAGGGAAGUACAUGGCGUGCUGUCUGCUGUUCCGUGGUGACGUCGUGCCCAUGGACGUCAACGCUGCCAUCGCCAACAUCAAAACCAAACAGUCUAUCCAGUUCGUUGACUGGUGCCCGACAGGGUUUAAGGUUGGAAUCAACUACCAGCCUCCCACCGUGGUGCCUGGCGGAGACCUGGCCAAGGUUCAGCGUGCCGUGUGCAUGUUGAGCAACACCACCGCCAUCGCUGAGGCCUGGGCCCGCCUGGACUACAAGUUCGAUCUGAUGUACGCCAAGCGCGCAUUCGUGCACUGGUACGUGGGUGAGGGGAUGGAGGAGGGGGAGUUUGCCGAGGCACGAGAAGACAUGGCGGCCCUGGAGAAGGAUUAUGAAGAGGUGGGGAUGGACUCCUUCCCGUCCGACAGCGAGGGAGAGGGAGACGAGGAAUACUAG